CGUGCCGGAACGAAUAGCCCGCGACCUGUCUACGGAAGCAUGUAUAAUAAAUCCGAUGACCGUAAGAUGCAUAGAGGCAUGGCAGCUGACAGCUGACCAUCCGUACACGCUGUAUGCGUAUAACAGUUUUCGAGAGAUACCAAUAAAAUGAGGUUGAUGAGGUUGCUAUGCCACUAUCGAUUCGCGAAGCACACGGGGCGGAGGCAGACUCUGCGGUUGUACCGACACCGCUGCCGGAAUGUCGUACGGGGCUCUGAACGUCGUCUUUGUCAGUCUGGGAUAGACUCCUCAGCGAGCGUUGAAGGACAAUAAUCAGCUUCGUUUCCGAAACUAAUAAAAGGGAAAAGGAAGAGCAACGAGACGACGUGGACGCGAGGGAGUAUGAGAGAACCCGAUCGGAAUGCGAAAGGGAAUCUUGCGAGCGCCUCGUUGUUGCUGUUGGUGGUCGUGUGGGUGGUGCUUGGUCCGCGUACGGGGGUCGGAUCGAAACCUGCGAGUGCGACGUGUGAAUGGGUUCCAACUCCCGCUGCACCCCCAACAAGUGGUCGGGUGGAUAGCGCUUGUGGGCAUCGCGGUCGGCACAUUCACGGUGGUCCUGCCACUUCUCGGUCCAGGCGUACAGUCUGUCGGCUCGGGCCUCCUCGGGGCCACGUUCUCGCUUCACGUAGCGGCGCACCUCGUGGCGCUGCUCAUCGACCCGGCGGCACCGCAGCUCCGGUCGCAGUCGUCGCGCAAGACCAAGACGGUGCCGGACUUGGACCGCGCGCGGCAUCUCCACGUGAUUGAAAACGGCCGGUGCCACCUGUGCAACAUAAACACCAGCCGAAGGACGAAGCACUGCUCGGUCUGCAAUAAGUGCGUCGACCAGUUCGAUCACCACUGCAAGUGGCUAAACAACUGUGUCGGGGGACGAAACUACCCCGCGUUCAUCGUCUGCCUCGUAUCGGCGGUCGUCGCAGCCCUUGCGGUGGCCGCGAUAUCCCUCGCCGAGUUAGCCCUGGUCCACGCCGACCUGGCCGGCUGGGGCCCGAAGAUGGACAACUCGACGCAGCUGCCGCUGGCCCAGCAGCCCCCCGGGACAGGUUCUCUCGUUGUUAUUUCCCUCGUCGGGAUAUUCUCGGCGAUAGCCGCCGCCCUCCUGAUUCACCUCUGCUUCUUCCACGGCUACAUCGCCUGUCUCGGUCUCACAACCUACGAGUAUGUGCGCGAAAAGCGCGAGCGCAAGGCGACCCAAGCCGUUCCCCCUGCACCGCCAGCGGAGGUCCGGGCCCAGAAGUGUCCCGCGUUCUGCACCGAUCGGGUCGCCACUGCGGAGGAACCAGAGCGGCCACGCUACCAUUACAGGAACCCUUCGUCAACACCGGACGCGAUGGACCGCGAGAUGACCGAGCAGCGCAGCGUCUUUAUCUGCUCUACCCACCAGCGGUCCCCGCUCUGCAGUGCCGAGGACAGCGGGGGGCCCCGAUGCAAGGAACGGCCGAACUUCCACCUCUACUUUUCGUACGAGACCCGCGACACCGAGACGUCGAUCGAGGUCUCGUCGCAGACGAUUUUGAGCGAGACCGAACGAUCCCGGGGACUCGUUGAGCUCAAGCCUUCCACUCCUUCCCCGGUAUCCUGUUGCUUUUCGAUUACGAACGCGGGCUCGGAGAAGCGGGCGAAGCGGAAGCCCCACUCGCCGUUGCCCUUACCCUCGCCCUCGGGCAAGGAACGCGGCCCCGGAUCCUGCCUCACCAUGCGCAGGAUACAGUCCUUCCUACGUACCAGACUCAGGCGAAACUCGCGACAACGCCACGCUGCCGGCGAGGCGCCCACCGCUCGUCCCAGGAAGAACAGGGUAAACCCCGCCGCGAGCCACGGUGGGGUCGGUGAAAACAAGGAGGAAGCUCCGAAGUUACAGUCGCCGUCGGACGCGUCGUCGAUUUUAUUCGGGGACGACAAGCCGAGGCCCCCGUUGAAGCUGCCCCCUUUGCUCCUCGUACCCAGACACAAGAUGGGAGAAAUUCCCGCGGCUUUUGAGUCCAUCGCCCGUGCAGACCCCGCGCCGGUCCCGCAGCCCAGACGGAGUCAGCCGCCUCUCAGAAUAAGGAGAACCUCCUUCUACAAAAGGCCUCGAUUCAAAAUGGGCCCGCAUGUUACGGAGAUCGCCCAGUUGUCCCCGAUUCCUGAAUCAGAGCUCUCGAAACCCGCCUCACCUAGAACCCCGCCUGAAAUUAACCACUUCCCGUUUCCACCCUCGAGCUCGUCUUCGGUGAAUCGGGAUGACUCGGUUAACGCUGUUACCGAUGUUGCUCAGGCAAAUUCCCUCUGACUUGUCGGUUUUGUAUGUUAUACAGAGUACAAUUUUGGAGGUUUUAGAUAUUGUUGAACACGCAUGGCAGUUGAUUAUUACAAGCUCUACACAACGAACUUUGUUUCCGUCCAUUAUGUCGUUGUCGUUGGUUUCUACGUAUACUUACAAUUAUACAUAUUAUACAUACGUAAUGCGCAAAAUUUGUAUUAUGCUAAAUGUACAUACAGGAUAUACCUAUAUCAUAGUUACGAUAUACGUUAUGAUAAUGAAUAAAUACGAUAAUUACAC